UCCCCCCCUCCCACACACACAUACAUACAUACACUAGGUGUUUACACGCACUUGCAGGAGUAGCUCUCUCUACCAGUGUGACCACUUAAUUUCGCACUCGCUACAGUUCGUCUACAGUUUCGUCUACGUCUUAUGUAUUCUUGAUAUGUACAAUUCCUUUUUGGCACACCACUCGAAACGAAAAACGUUUAUAUAGUAUAUACACACUAAAAGUUUCAGGCGAUGAAUUAUACAUAUUUGCACAGCAGACUGUAUAUAUUGCUGUCAGUAUUUAUAUUUGGCAAUCACUUGCACUUUGUAGGUGUGUACGAAGACUUUAUGGGUGAAUAUUAAAUGUGGCAGGAACCUGGAGUACUACAAUGAUCAUGUACAGACGAGCCACUGCUGACGACCACAAGGCAGUCUACGGCAUCAAUGAACACAUCUACAACGACACUGACCCUCUCUCCGGUGAAAAGCUCUACCGACAUCACCUGACACGUCCCUACAACUACGCAUACAUAGCCGAGAUAGACGGGAGAGCUGUUGCUUUUGACAUGUACACGAUUCAUGAAGCCAGUAAAACCCUGAUCGCCCGCUUUGCUAGAGUCUGUCCUGACAACCAAAUUAAAAACCUUCAUCGUCGCUUGGCUCAGCAUGGUCAUAGAGAUGUCCUCUCCAAACGCAAAGACAUCAAGGAAACAAUCUACAUGAAGGGGAACGAUGGACCUACUGCAAAACUGUGGCCAAACCACGCACUCAUUGACAUAUUUGUAAGACCUACAAUCUAAA